ACGGUACUUGAAGAACUUUAUAAACUUUUCAGCUGCCAGUCCAUUUCGAUUAUCGCUUGAAUGACUAAUUUACCUCCUUACUUGCACGUUGGAACAUCGAAAGGAACUUUACGGAAAGAUCGAAUUGUAUACAGUGAAAGACUACCGGAGCCACUUUCUGCAAGAAUGAGUGACAGAAACAGCGGAGGCCGGCGGCUCAGGCAGUGGCUCAUAGAGCAGAUCGAAAGCAACUUGUACCCUGGCCUCAUGUGGGAAGACGAAGGGAAAACCAUGUUCCGAAUUCCCUGGAAACAUGCCGGCAAGCAAGAUUACAAUCAAGAAAUUGACGCAUCUAUCUUUAAAGCUUGGGCAGUUUUCAAAGGCAAAUUCAAAGAGGGAGACAAAGCAGAGCCGGCCACCUGGAAGACGAGGCUUCGCUGUGCCUUAAACAAGAGCCCAGACUUCGAAGAAGUAACCGAGAGGUCGCAGUUGGACAUUUCAGAACCCUACAAGGUCUACAGGAUUGUUCCAGAAGAAGAACAGAAAAGUAAAAUUUCAACAGUUACCAAUGAGAGCAGCUGCAGUGAAACCACAGACAUGGAGUACAGCCCAUCUGAAAUAGACGAUCUGUUACAAGAGCCUCCUUCAGAUGAUUACUUUGGUAUCAUUAAGAGAAGUCACUCUCCGCCACAGGUGAACACCAGGAUUCCUAGCCAACCAGAACAGUGGCCACAGCCAUCCAUGAGCUCUUUGCAGGAUUUCCGGAUUGGCCCUUUUACAACAGCAUUUUCCAAUAUGAUGAUUGAGUUCUUCUACGGAGGCAAGCCUGUAGGCCGCAGUUUCACAAUGAAUGACGAUGGCUGCCGCAUUUCUCUGUCCCAUCCACACCUCAGUAAUGAUAUGCUGUACGGGGCUGACAGUCUACAGAACAUUAAAUUUCCUCCAGCAGAGCUGAUUGACAAUGUGCGGCAACGUCAGAUAACUAAGAAGCUAUUUGGUCAUCUGGAGCGUGGAGUCCUCUUAAAAAGCAACCGAGAAGGCAUCUUUAUCAAGAGGCUGUGUCAGAGUCGGGUCUUCUGGACAAGUUUCUGUGCACCGUAUACCAAUAUGCCUAAUAAGCUGGAACGGGACGCUGUGGUUCGCAUUUUUGACACAAGCAGCUUUCAUAUCGCUCUACAGCAGUACCGUGAAGACAGGGGCCCAGUGCCUGAUCCCAAAGUAACUCUGUGUUUUGGAGAGGAGUUUCCAGACGGCGCAGACUUCAGAUAUAAGUUGAUUACUGUACAGAUCACACAGAUGAACUGUCAGCAGGUCCUGGAAGCCAUGACUGCACAGAAAAACUUUUUCAAUAGCAGCCACAUAGAAAUUUCUGUUGAAAACCACAGCGACCAAAUGGCACGUAUCUUACAAGACCUGUGCUCUGACGGAGCCGCACAGAGGUCGUACUACCAGGGAACUCAGCAGAUAACGGCGUAAGAUUGAAUGAGGGGCCUGCUGCCUUUGACUGGUUUCUUUGUCAAGGACUGUUCCAGAGAAAGCUUCAAGUGAGCCCACAAUUGAGGUGCUUUUUCAGGAGGGUGACUCCCGGAGAACUUGAUGAUCCCCAUUUGGAUAGGUUUCACUAUCUGUUUUAUUCAGAAUUUAUGAAGCAUGACAUUGCAAUGAUGUGGGUAAUGAAAUAAAAGUCAGGGAAUCACCAUUCAGUAGAAGCUGUGCAAGCUGUGUAUACUAUAUUGUAAGUAAAAGAAUAUUUUCUUAUCGGUGCCUUGUAAAAAUGAUGAUUCUUUAUUCAAUGAUUUUUCUUUUAUCAAAAAUUUGUUUUAUAAAAAAAUUUAAAAAUAAAAAUUUAAAAUAAGCCAAA